UUUCUUUCUACUGCUCUCUUCGAAUCCUCAGCUGGGCUCUAUUUUUUUUUCUCUCGAAUCAUUCAAACUGUAAAAAGAAACCAUGCUUGCUCGGAAAUCUGCGACAUGGAUUUUGUUGCUGCUUGUGAUCUUUUCCAUCUUCUUUGACUCAUCAGUGGCCCAACUUGAUUCUUGCUGGGCUGCUAAGAAGAGAAAAAUGCGGGAGAAAGUCAGAAAAAUGUUCUACCAUGCGUAUGAAAACUACAUAACACAUGCAUUUCCGCAUGAUGAGCUAAAGCCUCUCACCAAGUCUUUCACUGACUCACUUAGUGAACUUGGAAAUCUGAAGCUUGAACACUUGCCACAAGACUAUAAUGGAUCUGCACUUACGCUCAUUGAAUCAUUGUCUAGCCUUGUUAUUUUAGGCAAUUACACAGAAUUUGGAAGGGCAGUUCUUUGGCUUUCUGAAAAUCUAAAAUUUGAUGUUGAUGCAAGGGUAAACCUAUUUGAGUGCAAUAUAAGAGUUCUUGGAGGACUUAUUUCUGCUCAUCUUCUUGCAACUGACUCUACAAAUAGAUUGCUUCAAGGAUCUUACAAGAAUCAGUUGCUUUGGCUGGCUGAAGAUUUAGGGCAACGCUUCCUACCUGCAUUUGAUACACCCAGUGGAUUGCCAUAUGCGUGGAUUAACUUAAAGUAUGGAGUCAUGGAGAAUGAGACAACUGAAACAAGCACCUCAGGGUGUGGUUCUCUGAUCCUUGAAAUGGGAGCAUUAUCGCAAUUAACUGGUGAUCCUAGAUAUGAGUCUGCAGCUUUACGUGCUCUUCGGAAGUUAUGGAGUAUGCGCAGUUCAUUAAACUUGUUAGGAACAACGUUGGAUGUUGCAACUGGUGAAUGGAUUGAGCAUUCAUCUGGAAUUGGAGCUGGGGUUGAUUCAUUCUAUGAGUAUCUUUACAAGGCUCACAUUCUUUUCGGAAAGGAGGAUUUCUGGAGAAUGUUUCAUUCUGCUUAUCUUGCUGUGCAGAAAUAUUUCAGACAUGGCCCAUGGUACCAUGAAGCUGACAUGAGGACUGGAAAAGCAACUUAUUGGCAACUGACAAGCCUUCAAGCCUUUUGGCCUGGUCUACAGGUUCUUGUUGGGGAUAUUGCAGCUGCCAAUUCAUCGCAUCGGGAAUUUUUUUAUUUGUGGAAGAAGUUUGGGGUGCUACCUGAAAGGUAUUUGCUGGAUCAUCUAACAGUACAUCCUACAGAGAAGUAUUAUCCAUUGCGCCCUGAAUUGGCAGAGUCCACAUUCUACUUAUAUCAAGCAACAAAAGAUCCAUGGUAUAUACACGUGGGUGAAUCAAUUGUUAAUUCCCUUAAUUUAUACGCCAAAGUGGAAGGAGGUUUUGCCAGCAUUAGAGACGUGACAACUAUGCAAAGGGAAGAUCAUCAGCAUAGUUUCUUUCUUGCUGAAACGUGCAAGUACUUGUAUCUUCUUUUUGAUGAUUCAUUUUUGGUCAAUCGAAAUUAUAUAUUCACAACUGAGGGCCAUCCUUUACCCGUGCUAAGUGCUUGGCAUGAUAGGCUUCCAGAGACGUACAUCCCUUCGAACUGGACUUACAUCAAGAAUGAAAAGCAAGUAAAACAAGCAAGUGCAAUGUCUCAGCAAGUCUGUCCAGCGAUGAGUUCAAGUUCAGGAGAUGAUGACCAAGGGGUUGAGAGUGCUUGCCAUGUGCCUGAUGCUCGUAGUGACCACAGGUGUUUCAGUGACGAGGAAUGUGGGGUUGACGCGAUCAGCUGCAGAAGAAGAUCAUGCAGCAUUGCUGGCUACUGUGGACUAUGGCUGUUCAUAUGACACUGAUAUAAACAGGCAUUAUUUCAUGACAAACAGCAAAAUUCAUCUUAAAAAGGAAAAGGAAAAAAGAAUCCCGUGGAGUGUGCAAUGAAAGUCAUUUCUGUCAGGAAUGUGAUCUAACGCCAGUUCAGUUAGAUUAAAUAGAAGGAAGAAAUAAGUAGAGUACAUAAAUUCUUGACGAUAAUGCAGUAAUAUCAUUUGUAAGCGUUUCAAUGGAAUUGGGUUAUUAUUUUUCCUGCUA